CAAUCUGGUCGGAAACGAUUUGUCUUUGCAAUGUCAGACAACGAAAAUAAUGUAUCCGUGGAAUCAUCUCACUCUCCACAAAAGCGGAAAGCGUUUUACCGAGAAUAUUUGGGAAAAACAAAAGUUCUCCAGGAAAAUGUAGGCAAAAACACGAUUACGACGUUACGUACCAUAAUGGCUAAUACAGAUAUUAUAAACGAAGAUGAGGAAGCUAUAGACAAAGCUAAUUACACCGAUGAAGUUCUGCUAGAUUCAGAAGUGAUGUAUGUAUCCUCAGAUGUUCUGAAACGUUGUACAGAAACUUUGAACAAAGACAUGAGCCCAUACGACCACACUGAAUUUGCUGAGAAAAUAUUAUCUUACGUGCGGCUGCGCCCAGACACAAUGUUAGAGGAAGCACACUGGCCGAUUUUGACUGAUGAAGUACUGAAGUGUUUGAACGUUACUCCACAAUAUUCUUAUCUUUUAGGAACCCUGAAGCCAUUAGAAAAGAGGCAUAUCGCAAAGCGAAAGCAAGGACCUCGAGACAUCCAAGUAGCUACUAAAAGGCCUGAGAAUGUUCAAGCUGUCGAUAAAGUUGAACACGGAGUUGAAGAAACAGUACGGAAAAUAAAAACUCUUGUGUCUCAUCAUUACAAAACAAAUGACAAGCCACUUGAUUUCUUCAAACUUAUUCUCAAUCCAGUUGACUUUGGUCGAACUGUGGAAAACAUGUUACAUGUUUCAUUUUUAAUCAGAGAUGGAUUAUUACAAUUAACGAAAGAUAAGAGGGGAAAAUUGGUUGUUCAGCCAAGUAGCAAAGAAGCAUGUACUAAUGCAAAACGAAAAGGAAACGAUUCACAUAUUCAGAACGUAAUGUCAAUAAACGCAGGGCAGUGGCAAAUUCUAAAAGAAACAUAUCAUCUGGAUGGAGCCAUGAUUAAUUUCACAACUUCUGUUCAUUUGUAAACUUCUCCCAGCACGGGGUUGAAUCAAAAAUCACGUUAAUAUGUCAAUCUUCCAUUUAAACAAUAAACGUAUAUUUUAUUUUUCA